UCCUCAUUUUCCCUCAGUUUUUCCUUUUCUUGUUGUAUAAUAUUGGAACUAAUUCCAGCCUACUGUCCCAGGACCUCCACCUAAGCCCCCCCAAACCUGUUUUAGGGAAAAAAUGGCAGAUGGUGAGGAUAUCCAGCCACUUGUCUGUGAUAAUGGGACUGGAAUGGUUAAGGCUGGAUUUGCUGGAGAUGAUGCUCCAAGAGCAGUGUUUCCUAGCAUUGUCGGUCGGCCUCGUCACACCGGAGUAAUGGUAGGAAUGGGACAGAAAGAUGCAUAUGUAGGAGAUGAAGCUCAAUCCAAACGUGGUAUUCUCACAUUAAAAUACCCAAUUGAGCAUGGUAUUGUUAGCAAUUGGGAUGACAUGGAGAAAAUUUGGCAUCAUACUUUUUACAACGAACUUCGUGUAGCUCCAGAGGAGCACCCUGUUCUACUCACUGAAGCACCUCUUAACCCUAAGGCUAAUCGUGAAAAGAUGACACAAAUCAUGUUUGAGACAUUUAAUACUCCUGCUAUGUAUGUUGCCAUACAAGCCGUUCUAUCCUUAUACGCCAGUGGUCGUACAACAGGUAUUGUCCUGGACUCUGGUGAUGGUGUAAGUCACACUGUCCCAAUCUACGAGGGAUAUGCGCUACCACAUGCUAUUUUACGUCUUGAUUUGGCUGGUCGUGACCUUACUGAUCACCUAAUGAAAAUCUUGACUGAGCGCGGUUACUCGUUUACCACCUCAGCUGAACGGGAAAUUGUGAGGGACGUUAAGGAAAAACUCUCAUACAUUGCUCUUGAUUUCGAGCAAGAACUAGACACAUCAAAGACUAGCUCUUCUGUUGAGAAGAGCUAUGAGUUGCCUGAUGGACAAGUUAUUACAAUUGGUUCUGAGCGUUUCCGAUGCCCAGAAGUACUUUUCCAGCCUUCGAUGAUUGGAAUGGAAGCUGCUGGUAUUCAUGAAACGACGUACAAUUCGAUCAUGAAGUGCGAUGUGGAUAUCAGGAAGGAUCUUUAUGGAAACAUUGUACUUAGUGGUGGUUCGACUAUGUUUAAUGGAAUUGCUGAUAGAAUGAGUAAAGAAAUAACUGCAUUGGCUCCAAGCAGCAUGAAAAUUAAGGUUGUAGCUCCACCAGAAAGGAAGUAUAGUGUUUGGAUUGGAGGCUCAAUUUUGGCUUCUCUAAGUACCUUCCAACAGAUGUGGAUUGCAAAGGCUGAGUACGAUGAGUCUGGUCCCUCUAUCGUCCACAGAAAAUGCUUCUAAUCCAGAUCUUUUAGUGACAUUCUUGUUGUGAAACUUUGCCCUUGAAUUGUAACACGAAUUGUUUUCAAGUAUCUGUAUAUUACAUGCAGAAAUAUAAAUACGACGUCCAAUUAGUCUGAGAAUGAUAGCGCCAUUAUAGUUUCACACUUGUGCUAAUAUGUUAGCGUGAUUUUUGGGGCUAGUCUGUGAAAUAUUGUGUCAAAGACGAUCACAUAAGAAGAUAACAUUUGUAAAUGUUUAAGGACGAAAUUGCAGCUUUUUCACUC